UUAUUACUUCUACAUUUUAAACCUAACAUUUACAUGCCAUAGUGUAUUUUACUUUUUGUAAAAUAAUACAACCGUUAAUUUCUUCUAUUAAUAAUAUAAGCAGAAUCAAAAUGCCAAUAUUGCAAAUUGAUACUAAUUUGCCUAAGUCUAUUAUACCAUUAGACUUUAAUGUUCAAAUAUGCGAACUAAUGGCAGAUAUAUUCAAUUCACCAUUGAACGUAAGAUAAUAAAUGAUUAAUUAAUAAUAUAUUUUUAUACAUCUAUUUAAAACUUAAAUGGCUGAUUAUUGAAUAAGGAUUGAAUUAAGGAAAAGUUUUUUUAAUUUAAAUUUUCAAUAUUCAUGUAGUUGAAAAAAUUAUAUUAGUAGUACCACUGAAAAAUUAAAUAUAUUUUAGUAUUUUAUAUGACAUUAUUAUCAUGUUAAUAAUUAAAUAUGAAGUGUAUUAUUAUUAAAUUUAACAUAUUUAUAUAUUUAAUGUAUAUUUUAAAUUAUAGUUUUGUGUUGUGCAUAUAAAUACUGAUCAAGAAAUAUAUUGGUAUGGUAUAGAAGGUCCAUGUAUCUUAGGAACAUUAAAAAUAAUUGGAGGUUCUGGAAAAAUCGGUCCUGAACAAAACAUUGGACAUGCAGAAAAACUCAUAAAAAACAUCAGUGAUAAUUUCAAACUACCAAAUAAGAAGUAAAUAAUUAUUAUGUGUAAUAAUUAUUUUUUUAACACAUUUUUUAAAUUUUAUUUUAGCAUAUCAAUCUCUUUUGUCGAACAAGAAGCAGCAAAUGUCACAAUAUUUGAUACUACUGUACUUAAUUUUUUACAAAAUAAAAGUAAUUAAACACUUUUAUACAAUAUAAAUACAUUUUGUUUACAUCAAGUUUUUUAUAAUGAUAAUCAAUAAUUAUUUAAAAGAAAUCUAUAGCUCUCGAGCGUUUUGUAACAUUAAUAUUCAAUAGAUUAUCGGUUAAGUUUUGAGGUACUUCAUAUGAAUUUUUCUUAUUAGUUGGAGUUAGUUUUCUAAUGUCACCUUUUAACCCAGAGAUGGAAGGUGAUCUAGAUGGAGUUGUAUGUGGUGAUGGACUAUAUGAUGCUCUUAAAGCAUUAUCUCUACUUCUAUCGCAACUCAAACGACUGCAAACCAACCGUUGAGCUGCUGGUGACAUAGAAUUCAAUCGAUCUAAUGGGCUAUUCAUUAAAUUAGAUGGUGAAGGCCUAGAACAUAAAAUAAAUAAAAUUUAAUUAAAAACAAUACCAUUUUUUUUUUUUAAAUAGACACUUACGUAGAUAAUUGUUUUCGGGCUGUUUCUAAAGCUUUAAUUUUUUUAUUUCUAUGACCUUCACUAGCUUUUUCUGCAAGUGCAUGUGCUAAUCGUUCACGUUUGGGUUGUUCGGGUAUUUUGAAAAUAGGUCCUGAAUUAUGAGGUAUCAAUGGAGUGUCGCUGCCAUCUAAACGGAAGGGUGUCCCUUCAAUUUCUCCCCAAGUCAUAAAUGGACUUUGAUUAACACCAGGAGCAGGAGAUGGAGUUUUAACAAACCCAUAUCCAUUUAUUUUAGGAGUAGAAGAAGUUAAUUCUUUGCCAUCAACUCCAAUUUUUCCAUCUAAUUGUCUGGUUUGCAUGUGCGCUAAACUGCAUAGUUGUUGCUUGUUAUGAUGUUCAUCAAAUGGAUUCAACCGUAAUCUUGUGUUAGAGUGGUCAAUUUUUUGUCGCAUUGAGGCCAUAUUUAUGAGUUCUUCUUUUGUUAAUGUAACUCCGUCAGGAACAUACAUUAUAUAAUUUUUAUUUUUAAAAGUCCACGAAUCCAUAUUAAAUGGUCGAUCUUUAAUAGAUGCUUGGUCUUCAAUAGAUGGCACUUCAAGUUUAUCAACUGUUUCUAAUGCCUUUUUUUCACCAUCAAAUAGCCAAGCAUUCUA